UUUGAGAACAUCUGCGUUUGACAAGGACGUCGCAGUUGUACAGAAUGGCAGAUACGACACCCGUUUCCCACUCGGAUCACGAAGCUGAUACAGUAACAGACCUUAUGAACUCAGUGAUUUCCUCCAUGGAUUCUCCGAUCUAUGAUAAUGAAGUAGAGUAUAUUAUCAACAAGAAUGGCCCCCUCUCGGAUGAUCCUAAACUCUGUCCCAGGGCUGUGAACCUCGAGCGGAGUCCUGAGAUAAGUCUUGACGACAGCUCUAUUCAACGGUCCAAAGGUGACACAAGAAUAGAUGAGGUGGACCCGGAACUGACAGAAGAAGGCUUCUGUAAUAUUUCACCUGGGGAAUAUUUCUCCGAAAGUUGCCCACUUCACUUUCGAGCGGAUGACUUUCUCAGCCGCGAGUCCGAGGAAAGUUUUGAAGCUGUAGACGUCCGUAGCCGGCCUCCGGGCAAUCCGGACUCUUAUGAUGAUGAUUGUGUGGAUGAAGCCAUCAUCAAACUAAAGCGCGAGCUCCUGGAAGAAGACAGCGAGGAUGAAUUCGAGGAACCCUCCAUCCAGGAACAAUCCGUGUUGAUACAGGAUCAGCAGAAAUCGCCAAAGAAAAUCUCAGACCAGGACAGACAAAAUAUACUGACCACUCUUAUAGAAGGUGUUGAGAGGAAGGUCAUCGAGAGACAAAAGGAAAAGCAAACACCUCAGAUUAACUGUCCAACAGCCGCAGACCAGGGGCGCGAAUGUGCAGUGGAAACUCCUGGGAAAGUAGAAGACAAGCCCAACACGUCGGAAGAACAUCCUUACAGCACGCCGGUUGAAAAACCCACCGUGGAGGACGCAGAGCGUUACCUGGACGAAGGGACAUCUCACAUACGGGAAUCUCUCCUCAGUGUCCUGGAGGCUCUGAAGUAUGUCUUUCUGUCCGGUCUGAGCAAUGAUCUCGACACGCCCAGGUCGGCCGAAAUCGCGGACACCCCCGUGAAUAAUGAUAAUCGGGUGGAGAAUGCAGGUUGUCAGGACCAGUGCACCCAGACGUGUAGCCGUCUGGGCAUGAUCGGGGAAGAGAAAGUGGACGCUGACUUGCUGAUUGCCGGCCUUCAAGAGGAGUUCCAGAGAUGUCUGUGGAUUCAUCAGAAACUUACCGAGGACGCUCACCAGCUUGGCUUUGACCAGGGAAUACAGAACUCGCUGUUUCUCCAGGAUUUGAUAGACCAGGCUAUCCAGAUGAUCUGGUCACUGAGGGAAGAGCGCAGGCAACUAGAGAAAUACAUGAAGGAUAAGGAGAGAGACUGGAAUGCCAUGAGCCGAGCUUUUACACAGGAAGUGGUUGAUUUGCGGCGGGAGAACGUUCAGUUGUUAACAGCCGUGGCAAAUAAAGAUGGUGGUCACAGCAGUCGGCGUCUCAAAUCUCAACAUUUAAAAUCACUGCUGAAAUCAAAGCAUGACCUGGAGAAAGCCUUCUGUCUGAAUGUGGAGAAACAGGAUAAGAUUAACGAGCUAAAGCUGUUGGUUCUCAAACAACAGAAGUGCAUCAGGUCGUUACAAGAGCGAUUGAUAGAGGAGCAGACGACCAAUCUCGUCUCGAAGCGGCAAAUGGGACAUGAUCCCGACAGAGAUACGUCACCGGAUGUAAACCAGGUGGAGCCAUCGACUGAGCAGGACCGUCAUAUAGAAAAAUCAGACCAGGGAAGUUCGGCCACUGAUGCAGACAAGACAGAAAACGGAAGCAGCAGUGGCCAGGGUUCUGCCGAGCAACCUUUUAGGCAAAGCGAGUGCACGGUGGGCCAGGGGGCGUCGGGCUCGCCCACCUGCGGGUGGAUGAGGGUCGAGGACAUGGCUAAGCUUCAAGAUGUUCUCUACUGUGACCACGCCAACUUUGCCUUAGACCAAUCCAGGAACCCAGAAAUUGCAGCUAUGCAGGUUUAUGGGAUCGGUGGAGAAGAUCUGAGCCGUGCUGUGACAAAUCCCUCCCCGGAGUUUAACGUGCUCGAUCUGAAGUACAAAUGUGAGUCUGCAGACACGGCAGAGGACCCAGGCACCUUCGGGUUGGAAAGUCUAGAGAUUUCAAAGCCUGAAUCCAGUAAACUAGCAAGUGGUGACACAUUAUAACUGCCAAUUCACGGUUGUCUAAUUACGUGCAUAAAACAGAACGGACCAAUAUAAUAAUAUACCACAGGGGCCCGUUCAACAAGGCGUGCGCGAAUUUGCGUAAGCGGCACUCUCGUGGUGACGCAUACGGAAGUGCCCGGAUACAUUGCCAUGACGUUUCGCACUUUGCAGAACGGGGUCCCAAGAAAACUGCACAUGCCUAAAUUAUUGUCAAAAAGUUGUAUCACCAUAUACCCUUCGUAUCUUGUUUCAGUGAUUUGUAAAAAGAAAAAGUAAAUUGAACUGCGAUACGUGUAUAUUAUUUCAAGCAUCAAGAGAUAUUUCCAUAUAAAAAUAUACCAGUUGCAGCCGUUGAAUCAUUCGAUGUGAAGAACGACAAGAAAUGGUAUUGUACAUUCAUAAAUAAAUGAACUUGAAUUUAACA